AUGGAGAUGUUAAGGAGCGCGCUUAGGGGAAUAUGUUCACAGCUAAAUAGCGACAAUGAGAAGGAGAUCGAAAGAGGACUGAAAAGCUUGUAUGGGCUGAUAAAAAAUAAUGGAGACCUGCCUGAAGAAGAUUACAACAUGUGUGUGGAUAUAUUAAUUGAUAAUAACUACCUGGAUGUAAUAAUUUUUGUGUUAUCCUUGGAGGCUGCGAAAACUAAAGGAACGAAAUCAGUACACAACAUUAAUCUGAGAUAUGUUGAAAUAAUUUUUUAUAGUUUGAAUUGGCUCCUUCGGAACAAGUUGGGGAAAUCCCCCCCCGAGGAUGAGUGCCAAAAAAAGUUUGUCAAAUCAGAGGCCUUCCAAAAUGUAGGUCUUUUUCUCUGUGAACAAAUGAGUCUUCUGGAAAUUGCCAUUUUGAACAACUUCAGUUAUAACCGAAUAUUUAUUUUAAAUGUCAUUUUGUACCUUUUCCUUUUCCAUGAGAAGUUUCAUUUUCUUCUUCGUUCCUCCUCGUUGUUAUUAAAUUUGAUUGAAUUGAAAAAAAAUCUCAAAACCGUUUCCGACUUGAAGCGGAAAAAUGAGUUGACCCAUUUGGGGAACAGUGGGCAAGAGCUGGACGACGUGAUUGACGACAAGGUGGAAAGGGCGCGGCGGGAGAUCCUCGAUGGGGAGGAUGAUCAAAGUGUUCCGACGGGGGAUGACUCCACAAUAGAGAAGGAGAAUGACUCAGAAAAUAACGACAAUUCAGAGGAAGGGUACUCUCGUGAUACAAGGAAGGGGUGCAAGAAGCACUCCACAGGUAAUGACUACGUGAAAGAGGACGGAACUCUUCUUUGCAGUUACAAUUUUCAAAACGAAGUGGUACUCAUAUAUAAGCACUUAAUGAACAGGGGUACGGGUACUGUUCAGAAUGUAGCAAAUGAAAGGAGAAAAAAAAGGUCUGUGGAAAAUUGCGAGUUUUACGCAGAAAUGCUAAUAAAGAAGAAAAACGGGAAAACGAAAAUGCUUAAAGAGAAGAUUGUAGAUAGGAAAAAGGAGAAGCAGAAAAGAAGAAAGCGAAGUAAACGUGCUACACUUGAGGCAGAAGCGAAUAGCAGACCGGUCAACAAGGGAGAUUUCGAAGCAGUGAGGGUGGCGCUCCUAGUCAUGUGUGCAUACUGCUAUUUAGAUAGUACGAGAGGGGACAAAAUACACAGUUAUUUUAACACGGUAUGUGAAGAGAUACGCAAAAUAUACUGCAACAGUGGGGAAGAGCUACGACACUACAUUAUUCUGUGUCUUUACAAAAUUUUGGAGAAAAGUGAGACAUAUAAAAAUAUGAACGUUUUUUUUAAUGUGAUAAAAUUGGUGGGAAUUUUCUUCAAUGAUAUACAGAGUGAGAUGGACGCGACGGUUUUAUUUUUUAUAAACGAGUUGUUAAAGAGGAGGAAGUUCAGCCAAAUAUACAAAAAUGACAAGUUUAAUAGUAAUUGUAUCUUCCUUUUGAAGUCUUCGUAUGGAGAAGAUAAUGAAGAGGGACAGGGAAAAAAGAAGGGAAAAAAAAGGCUUUCUCCAUCGGAUUUUUCUCCCUCCGCAUCGUCCUAUUAUCUAGUCGUAAAUUGGAACAGGAAGAACAAGGGAGUGGAGGUAGCCCAAAUGUAUGAUGAUUUGCUCGAUGGUGCAACCAGCAUGGAAAAUGGAAAAUAUGCGCAAGUGGGAAAUGAAUUGUUCGUGAUGGAAAUACAAAAAAGAGACAUUCGUCGAAUCUGCCUUAUCUUCACAAACCUAGAUAUGUAUAUAACUACCUGCAUAAGAGAAACGAAGCAAUACUUAAUCACGCGUCACGUGAAGGAAGAGGAGGAGGUUAUUCUGUUGAGAGAUAAAUCCUACAAUGAUGAAAAGCAAAUUCAGAGUAAAGUGAAUAAUGCUUUCCUUACCUUCUUAACCGACUUAAAAAUAAAUUUUUUUAUUAACCAUUAUAUUAUUGUAAUCAGUAUAGAAAAGUAUCAACACUUUAUCAACCUCUACUAUGGGAGCAGCAAAUUACACGUUUUAACAUGUGACGACAACCUUUUUUUAUUUCUGCUUCUCUUCAUUGAUGUUAGUAAAAUAUUCUUCCUGCAUAGGACCAAUGGGAGGAACAUUCCCAGGGGGAGAAAAAAAGAAAUGGAUUGCUUACCAAUACAAGUGAGUUGGUACUUCAGCCUUCCUUUUAGCGAUAUUCAUGGGAGUAGUACAAGUGGCACCAAACGGGAUGAGGACAUACCUGAACUGUGCCACGAUGAAAGGAUCACUGCACUCGCGACAAGUGAGAGGAAGAGAAAAAUGAACAGCGCGACACCAAACGAUGAGAAGGAAGACAAUUUGAGAAGGAAGAAAAAGAAACUAGAAGGAAGCGUCAGUGAGUUAGUAAAUAAUGAUUGCUUGAACAAAACGGGACAAACUCCCCCCAAUUUUCUGCAAUACAGAUAUGCGUACCAAAGUGUCAAUAACGAAGUGGUGCGAAAUACAAAUUUUUUAAAACUAUGUGGAGAAGUAAUUCAUUACAAAAUUUUGUUAGAAUUGUACGAUGCGGUUAAAGGGGGGUCUACAGAAAACAGUGAAGGAGCAAUAAUGGAUCGAAGGGUGGUGAUGCAAAAUGUGAAAGAAGCUAACAAUUAUCUGAACCUUUUGGAUAACGAAUUAAAUUACAAGAAAAAAAUUGAAGAAGUUUUGUUUUUUUUCAUCCCCAUGAAUAUUACCAAGUAUAUUGUAGAAAUGUUUACCAAGAGAGAUAAACACAACUACUACAAUUAUUUUAUUAUGUGCUACUUGCACUACACGUUCGAAAUUUACAAGUGUGUUUCCAUGUUUGUACUUUCCCUGGAUUCCUUUCUGCCCUUCCCGCAAGGGGUGAAUAAAACCAUUUUGAUGAACAGGAUAAAGGAAGAUCUAUCCCUGGCCUUUUACAACCUCGUUAGUUCAUACUAUCUGUUCGACAUUGCCUAUAUAAAUAGGUACAUUAUAAAUGAGAUUAAGGGGGCUCAAAAUAAUGAGGUGUAUAGUAAGAAGGAUUCCCGUAAUAAUGGCAGCCCUGGGAAAAGAAAAAAUGUGCCAGCUGAACGCACCGGUUUGCAAACCGUCCCAGUUCACCACAGCGACUCUGAUGACUACACGUUUAACAUCGGCGCCAAGGACCACGAAAUUGUGAAUACAAGAAAUGAAAAAAAUGAGGAAAAGCGUGAACACAUCCUUAAGUUGCACUACUUCCUGAACGACGUGCACAUAAAUACAGACAAUUUGUAUGUGUACCAUUUUGUGUUAGUAACAAAUUUUAUCAAUCUCUUCGACGAUAGUGAAUUGAGAAAAAAGAUAUUAAAUGAAUUGUACAGUCAGAAGAGAAUUAUAGAAGUGAGAAACUUUGAACUCUUUGCAAAUAUUAACGAGAACGUGUACCAAAUAUUUCUUAAGUUAUUUUUCGAGAAGUAUUAUUUUCCCCUUGAAAGUUAUCAUUUAUUAGAUAAUUUGUUACCUAUUUUGACGUACUACAAGAAGAAGAUUCUUUCAACACAGGAUGAAUGUGCAUCAGAUGUGCAGUUGGCGUUUUACUCCUUCGUGGAAACCCUUGUACAUAAGAUGCUUAGGAAGACGAAAUUUUUCUAUUCCUGUCAUGUGGAUGAUGUACUUUUGUUUUUGAAUUUUCUGAGGACCAUUGGUAGCUUGCGCCAAUUCGUCAUUGCUCUGUCCGUUUUUUGUCGCCUUUUUAACUUGCAUAGAAGUAGGGCGGUGCACGAAGAUAGGUGCGCAUCUGAUGAAGUGUCCAGGAAUGUUUUUUCCAUCGACGGGGUGCAGAAAAGUAUGGAGGAAUUCCAAAAGGAGAACCCGCUUAGGAGCGAAGUCUCCCCCUUUUUCGGGCUCCUAGUAGAACUGUUCUUUACGAGCAAUCUGAACUUUGCGCUGAAGGGAAUACCAAUUAUGAAGGUUAUCAAGGAGGAGAAGCAAACGAAAGGAGGCGCUGGUGAUGUGUUCGAUUACACCCUUGAGGACAUCGUACAGGUGUAUAUGAACUACCUGAAUUAUGUAAAAUAUGUUUUGCUGUUGAAUCCUUAUGUUUAUGUUAUUGUGAAGGAAAAGUUAAAAAACCAGAGAAGUUUAGGGGAACUUUUUUGUGCCUUUACGAGGAAGAAGGACUUUUUACAAACUAGGGAGAUUCUCUGUGAUAGCCAAAGGGGGGAGAGUACACAGAUCAACGCCACUGGGUUUAAUCCAUCGGGUGUAAGCAAAAUGGUGGAAGGAUCUGAACAAAGUGUAGAAUAUGAGAACGAAUCGAACAAGCAGAAUGCUGCCUUUGCCAAUUUUGCAACAUUUUUACAAACCGUAGAUAACUUUUUAAAGGAAAUUGAGAAGGUUCAAAUGGGAAAGAAAAAUUUAGGAGAGUAUCAGGAGGAAAUAAAACAACUAUGCUGUGAGGUACAAAAAAAAGGUGUCAUUAACAAGGAAAAUAAUAAUCAAAAUGGUUCCUUUUUUGGAAGGCAGAAAAAUGGUAAAGCUGAGAUUGAUGGGGGUUUUCCAAAGGGAGGGGAAACUAUGUUGGAGUUUUAUUUACAACAUAAUAACGUUACGUUUUAUUACACCAGCGUAGAUAAUCUGGAGGGGAUAAGGAAAAAAUGUGAAGAAGCUGAACUGCUUCUUUACAACCUGUGUAAUGUUAAUACCCUUAUAGUUAAUUAUUUCUUCACCACUUAUGUGUACCUAAAUGGUGAUGGUAACGUUGAUUCCAACACGCUACUGCAGUUGAUGGGCAAAAUCAGCAGAACGGUGGAGGUGUUCCUUUCCCUGUGUGCCUCUGUAAAUACAAGCAUUCAUGCAUUUGUGGAACACACAAGAAGAUACAAAGAUGUUAAGAAUGUAAUUGCUAGUUGUGGAAGUAGAAGAGAAGAAGGAGAUCCAAAAUAUGACGAAAAUAAUUUCUUUCAAAAUGUGCGUAAUUUAAGUAGAUCCAUGUGUUCCUUAUUCAUUCAUAUUUUUAAAAAUGGAUUAUUUGUAAUGUUAUUGAAUCAUUUGCAGAAGGAACUUAAAACGAAUCGUGCCAUUGUUCACCACUUCGCGCAUCUUAUCCUGUGUUACUUGCGUAAGAGUAUUCAACUGUUUAAUAUAAAAAGCGAGAAGUAUAAGAAACUCGUAGGGGAAAGCCUUAUUCAUUUGAUCCAUAUCAUUGCGCAAGAUGACACAAAAGAAGGGGAAGAACAACUUAAGGGGAAAUUAUCAUUCAUGAUUCUGUCUUUGCUGCAGAUGUUAGAUGGGAAGGGAUUUUUUAUGAAGAAGUUAAUAGCGGGAUAUAUUUCCUCUAAGGAUGACAGUAAUCAAAACGGCAAUGAUCCAAAUGGGGAGGAAGAAGCCAUGGGGAAAUACAGAUUUUUUCUUUUGAAACAGAUCGCUCUCUUCUUCGUCAACCUUAUGCGUAAGGAAAAGGAGAAAAACAAUUUCAACCUUGGACUAAAAAAUGGCAUGAAAGGCAUGCAGCGAAGCAGCGCCAACAUUGUGCCCCUACUAGUUCACACCAUCAUGCAAGACGAACAUAUGGAAGGCAAAAUGAGCGAUACCCUAAAUGAGUUGUGCAUGUUAUAUGUUAAUAAAUGGUACAGCGAUAGUUGUUCCCCGCUAAGUUCUGUCAUUGUGGAAAGAGUUAUUAGGCACGGUAUAAAAGCAGGACAAAAUGGCACGCCUGAUAUGAGCACCGCCGAACAUUGCUUUUUUCGGGGCAUUAAAAAAGAGAGAACACAUUUGCAGCGGGGUGAGGAUAUAGAGAGAGAAGUAGAAGCGCAAGUCCUGCAGAGGUACGUGGAACUUUUCGAUUUAAAGACCAUUCCAGAGGAAUUAACCUGUAACAACAUCAGGGAGAAUGACAUUUUUAUAAUUUUUCUUUACUUAAUGGAAAAUAAGUACACCCCUCCUCUGUUCGAGGAAAUUGAUAUGCACCGUUUAGAGAGCGUAACGCACGAAGAAGUAUUUAAACUGCCACGAAAUAAUUUCUCAGACAUUCUAGCGGAAAUUUAUUUGAAAAAAUUUGUACACGCAUACAAAUCUAUUUAUAGAAGGCGAAACAGAAUUAGCUUUCUGUUGUUAAGUACAAAGAAAGCAAAAAAUAAAAAUUGUCUAUUUAUAGCUUUAUCAGUUUUGUACUUUGUUGGAAGCAUGCUAAGUAGAAAAGAGCGUAUGAGACAAUUGCUUCGGGAGUACGGCAAAGACGUUGUAAGGAAAAUAUGUGAAGUCGCAUUUUUCUACUUUUAUGGCUACUUCUAUAAAAAUGACCUUCCCAAGGGGAAGUGUAUGAUGAGGUGCUACGAGAAAAUUACCUCGUUUUUCUUCAAAGGCAUUUUCAAAAGAUUGAAAAGGGGUGGCGGAGAAGAAGGUGGACAUAGAAAUAGUGGAGGUAGUGCCUCUGUAGGGACUCAAAAUGGAUGCGUCAACAAUUCCGUGAAAAUGAGCAGUUAUCCUACCCAACCUGGUAAUAAGAGCGAUAUUAACCAUGAAGGAAAUAGUGCUGAAACGAUACAUAACGAGAGUUUAAGAAAAGGAACGUUAAGAAGAAGAAACGACCACUGUAUUUUACUUGUUCUACUUUUACAAAUGCUGAAUCAGAAUGUUGGGAAAUUUAAGUUGGAAAGGAUAGUGGAUGAUUAUCUUUACGAUCUACUAACGGACUUAGCGUUUUGUGCAAGAGGAAAGAAAAAUUAUUUUUAUUAUGAAAAUGCAAUGAAGGAGUACAUAUACAUUUUUAGUCAGCAUGAUAUGGGUGAGCUGAAAAAGAGCAAAAAAUUGUAUGCCGUUUUUUAUGCCUUCUUUUUACUUCUCAAAUAUGUGAAGUUAAGGAACAUGGACACGGUAAUGCUGGUUGAGGCUUUUUUCAGAAAUUCCCAUAUAGGGAAAUUGAUUGUGCAGGAGUUGGAAUCCUUUAGAGGGAAACGAAUGGAUGGGAAGAUCACCCAUGGGGGAAGGCAUGAUGAUGAGCGCAGUGAUGAGUAUAAGGACGAGUGCAAUGAUGAAUACCACAGCGGAAGCAAGAACACCCUCCUGUUCAUCCUAAAACUGGUAAAAAUCUUCUACGAAGAAUGGUAUGAUCAGAACAGAGAAAAUACCCCCCAAACGCAAGCCAUAUGUUUGAAAACGCUAAACAGGGAUCUAUUCAAUGGACUGAAGAAAGCAUACAACUACACACUCGAAAGUGUGGAUGUGCACAUAAGAAGUAUUUUCUUCGUUGACAUUUCUCAUUAUUUGAAAUCGAUCACGAUGGAAAGUAUUCUGGACAAUAAGCUAAUAGAUGAAGUGUUGAAAUUUAAAGAAUUUAAUUUAAAUAAUGAUCGUAGAUACGAUUGGCUGAAUAUGGAUACGAACAUGCUCAAUAAGACGUGCCUCUAUUUUUAUAUAAAUGAAAAUGUGCGCAGAAAGUUGGAAAGUGGGGAAAAGCACUUUUUGUUUUAUCUCCACAUGAAUAGUUCAGGGCAGAGUAAAUGUUGCGAGAGGGAAAUUUACCCAUUAAGGGAGGACCUUAACCACAGCGCCUUCCGCAACGGUGUUGCAAAUGGUCCCAGUUGUAUCCAAUCGGAUGAGCAAAAGUUAAGACUCCACAGUGAUUACCACGAAACGGAUUGGAGGGUAAAAAAAGGGGAACUCCUACUGAAUCCUUACAAGACAAAACUCCCUCAUUGCAUAAUGAGCCAAAAUGAAUAUAUCAAAAGGGAAGUUUUUUCUUUAGCACAUAGAAUAAAGUUGGAAGAUAAUAUUUAUGAUUACCUCUUUUUGCUUUGCUUAAUAGUUGGAAAAUUAAUUUUUUGUUUUGUCUUGAUGGCAGAAAAGUUGAGAAUUUUUUUUUAUCAUUUCAGAAUUUUGUACACGUCAUAUCGCAAUGAAAAUGUGUUUUUAAAUUUUGAUUUGCUGAAUAUGCAAGAGAUUAACCGGAAGAUAAAGAACUACAUAAGGAAGUACCCAGAUAUUCAUUUUUAUAUUGACUAUGACAACAAUGAAGAUGAGGGGAAAGGUGGGGCACACAGUGGGGGCAAUAUGGUUGGAGGUGAUAUGGGGGAUUUCUCCCACACAUAUGAUGGGAACAGUGGUAAUGGGGAUGCACACAACAGUUAUAACGGAGGCAUUGAUCGGGCGAACGAAUAUACGAAGAGAGGCUUCCCAUUUGGAAGUUCCAGCAAACUUAUCUCGUACGAUGAAGAGAAGGAACACUUUUACCAUUUGAAGAAAAACGAGAAGAAUAAUAGGAACUGCAAGUUCUGCAUAAAAUUUAAACAAAUCCACAGCGUACACAAAUCCACAAGAAUUUUAGAUUUACUGGACAGGGAGGAAAAAACGAAUGUCAAAAAUAUGAUUUACUAUGGAAAGACCAUUCGAACGAGCAUUUUUAUGAACAGCCCAUAUGAAGGUAACGCUUAUAAAAAUUGCAGCACAUUUAGGGAGGAGGAACAGAAGGAAAAUGAUGAAGGGGAUGCAGAGGAGGAGUUUCAAAAUGGAGAGAGCGACAAGAAAAAUGGGGAUAACAAGCAGAAUGGCGUUGGUAAUGUUAAUGAGGAUGACGGAAGUGUUGACCCAGAGAACUUCUCCAAUGAGUAUAAUCAGCAGAACGGGGACGAGGGAAACUACACAGUGAGGAGCGCUGUUCAGGAGAAAAGUUACGCAAAAGGAAAACUGGAAAAUAUGAAGAGGAACAACUCCCCCACCACCAGCAUCAACAUGGACUGUAUAGUCGACAGUAGUGAUUUACUAUACGGAAGAAAAAUAAAAGAUAUUCAUUUUAAAAAGAAUUACAGAAAGUUGCUAAAGAAAUACCUUCUUAACGAUAUUGACUUCUUUGGAAAAUGGAUAAAAACCUUCUCCAUGAAUGCAUUGAAAAUAUUAAUAUUUUGUUUGAGUAGUAACGACAUUAUAGUGAGGAUGAUUAGCAUAAAGGGGUUGUCGAUAUUUUACCAGCUUAUUGAGAAUUCCUUUGUUCUGUAUAAAAUUAGGAAACGAUUAAAUUCGUUUAGGAGAUUUGGUGGCACAACUGAUCAGGGAGAAGAAGCAGAUCACGGCGUGAUAUGGAAGAAUAGCCCUUCACGAAGACACCAGAAUAGUGGUAGUAUUAUGCACAAGAGCGGGGGGAGAAAAAAAAAACAAAGGAUGCUGGUUAUUCCGUUCAAGGAACUAUUUUAUUUGUUCUUCUUUAUGAAGAAAUUAAAAUAUUCAGUAGACCCGAAUUCUUAUUACAUAAAUCCCUGCGUGUCGACCUACUCUUUUUUUUUAAUAAAUGAAAUUUACAAGAAAAAGGGCUUCAGAGACACUCUGAAGAAUCUCAUUAGGAACAAGACCUUUUCGGUUCAUUUUUUCCACGCAUAUUUGAAUAACCAAUUUAGGAAGACGAAUUUUAUGUCGCUAAAUGUUAUUAAUUUUUUGAUCAUUUCGACCCAGGCGCUUUUCUCCACGAGGUAUGACCUGAGGGGAUGCGUCCAGGAGAUCGAGGGUGAAAGCGAUCAAAAGGAUGAUGAAGAAUAUGGGGAAAAAUCGCAAGGGGAAUAUCAAAACUAUGAUGAAGAGUAUGCAAAUUACACCACCAGGAAUGAUCAGAAUGGUGACUAUAUGGAUGACAACCCAUACAGUGGUAGUGCAGCAUACGAACAAGGAAAAAGUAACACCAUCGAUAGGAGUUUUUUCGCAACGUCCAACGUGAACCAUAGAAUGAUUUACGAUUUUCAAAAUGAGGAUGAAGAUGUGGAAGAAGAGAAUGAGAAGAGGAAUAAUGUUGCCAAUAAUGAAGAGGAAGGAGAAACUGUAGAUAAAUUGAAAUACAUUAAGGAGAAUCAUAAAAAUGCAAUAAAAACUAUUCUGAACAUAUUAAAUAAAAAUAAUAUUUUUGAGAUUUACCUGACCAUGUUUUUUAGUAAUUACCUCAACUACAAUUUGUUGAAGAAGUUUUUAAUUCUGCUAGUCAUGUGUAGUGGUGUGUUGCACCUGGAGGAUAUGCAGUUUGAUUGCAUGGGAGGUGGCGGAGCGGAGGAGAAGAAGCACAACGGAGGUAAUGACGACGACGCGGAUGAGGAGGAAAAGGGUAGUGACCACGUAUACUAUGAUGCAAGCCGCGCAUUAGAGAACGCAACCAAUGGGACGAAUGGUGCCAGUGGCACGGAUCAGAACAACUGCGAUGUGGCCUACUACGUCAAAAACAACCUCGUGCUGAAAUUGAUAACCAAGAAUAAUAUCCUGCUGUGGCUAGAUCGAAUGAUGCAUCAGAAGUUGUUCCAGGACGAAAUAGCAUUUUAUUACCCCACGUCCUUCACCAUGCCGGUGAUAAAUUUUUACGACAUGGAUGGUCAAAAUGAGAAGUUUUACAUGAACAGUAUGAAUGUUGAAGCGAAUUGCUCAGGAGGGAAAAGCGAGGAACUAGUUGGCUCUUUCGGAAAAUGGGAUCCUUGUUAUACGCUCAACAAGAAGGAAUCAUUUGUUAAGGGAAUGCACAAAAGUGAGUCUGAAGAAGGAGAAUCGAUAACUGGGGAAAGGAGAAACAGAAGGGGGGAAAUAAAAACACAACCAAAUGUUAGCGGAAGCAGGAGGGAGAAGGAAGAACCCCUUACCAUUGUGUUGUCGAACGAAAAGCACAUAGAAAAAAUAAUCAAAAAUCGAUACAUAAUGGGUUACAUCUUUAAAGAGAGCUACGAAAAAACGUCUGAAAUAUUUUUUUACCUCUCCCUCUUUGUAAGUAACAUCGUUUCGAAUUUGUUCUACCCCAGUGUAGACUACGCACAUAUAUUUACAAAUGCGCUUCUGAAAAAGGAAAAAAAAAAAAUAAAAAGGUUUAUACUAAAUAACGCACAAAAGCUGAUCAACCAAAAAGGGGAAUUAAGUAAAGAUAACCCAUUCGAGUUCUGGAAUUUCUGGUACAGCAAUUUCCACAAGUACCUUUCUCUUAAAGUUAGAAGCACCUUCAUUAUAAGUAAGGAAGGAAACAAGUUAAAGAAAUCGAAUUUAAAUAUUUUCUCAGACUUGGUAAAAAUUAUUAAAAAUUUGAAUAGGAGUUUGUAUUACAUUUUUAUCAACUUGUUCCAUAUGGAAUAUUUUAACCUCUUCAUUAAUGUAAAGAAUCAAGGUGUAAGAAAUGGAAAUGGAAAACAGAGAGGUAGAAACCUUACUGCAGAUCAUACAACGAAUAUUAGAGAGAUGAGAAAAGCUAAUUUGAAGAUAUGUAGAACCUUUGUAAAGUACAUAUUUAUUAUGUUCAAUAAUUUAUUUAACAUUUGCACAAGUCUGUUCGAUCGGGGAGUUCCGAACGGAGAGUUUGCUAAAAAUUCCAUUUCGACCAAAGUGGCGGUAGAAGAUUCCUUCCUAAAUGAAGACCUAAGUUUUGUGCUCAACGAGGUGAUGAUUUUUCUCGAAAAUGUUGUAGUCCUUCAUAGCUACUUUAGUUCAUGUAAUUUGACAAAACGUUCUGUGGAGAAGAACCAUUUGCAGAAUAAGCAACAUCGAAGGGAAAAAAGGGCUAUAGAAAGUUACCACAUAGAUAUACACAGCACGCUGCUGAAUAGGACGCAUGCAAAAUCCCCAAACAGAUCCAACUAUGCGUAUUAUAGAAAAAUAAUCCAUCUGGUUUUGCACAUGUUACGUAAAAAAUGCUACAAUGAAAAUAAACAUUUUGGUUAUAUCUUCCUAAAUAAGCUAAUCACGGUUUAUCAUUUUUUGGAAGGCCCCAGUAGAGCAAAGGUGUAUUUGUACAUAUAUGAGUUGUUGAGAAUGACUAAGAGGAACCCCCUGGAGUCUUUGCUAAAUCAGGUCCUUUGA